UACUUCUGUAGCCUAGAAUUGUUCAGAAAAACAGUGAAGCAAGACGUCUUAACUUGUCGUUAACUUGCUGCUCAAUGAUUGAAUCUUCAUAACUAACCAACUAAAAAUGUAGCCUACGGUCUACAUCAGCCUACUUGUAGGCUACAUGUCCAACUCACGGUAGACCUACAUUGAUGCACCAAUCAUUGCUCAAGUUUUCGCCGCUGCGCAGUUAAUCGUCUGUCCUCUGAUCACACCUGUCAAAUAGCCUAUGCUCCUCUUUAGUCCGGAUUCUUUAAAGUGAUCUUCGCUUGGUUCACUAAACCAAUGUAUGAACAAAGACUCCUGCACUGGCUUAAGUGUUAAAGUUUUCCACUCCCUGCAAAGACACAAUGUUUUCUCUCUUAUUUCUGCACCUUUUAUUGCUUUGUCGGCUGAAUGUGUCAGCCUCCUUCACCUCUCUAUCAACUCAGGGGAACAGCAGCAGCAGUAGUAUUUCCAGCAGUGUACCUCCAAGACGUUCCUGCGAUGAGCUGGUAGUAUGCAAACCAGGCAUUGUGCUGCCUGUGUGGCUACCACAGGACAUAAGUACGGGGGAGCGAGCAGGACGGGCUGUGCUCUACUUCAGCUGCCUCCUGUACAUGUUUCUUGGUGUGUCGAUCAUCGCAGACCGCUUCAUGGCUGCCAUUGAGGUCAUCACUUCACAGGAAAGAGAAGUUAAAGUGACAAAUUCAAAUGGAGAGGUAACAUUAACGAAAGUAAGAAUAUGGAAUGAGACUGUAUCCAAUCUUACUUUAAUGGCCUUAGGAUCUUCUGCUCCUGAAAUCCUGUUAUCUGUUAUAGAGGUCUGUGGCCAUGGCUUUGAGGCAGGGGAGCUUGGUCCAGGAACCAUUGUGGGCAGUGCUGCUUUCAAUAUGUUUGUGAUUAUUGGAUUGUGUGUAUGGGCCAUCCCUAAUGAAGACUCACGGAAGAUUAAGCACUUACGAGUGUUUUUUGUGACUGCUUUCUGGAGCAUCUUUGCUUACAUCUGGCUUUAUCUCAUCUUGGCAGUCAUAAGCCCUGGCAUUGUUCAGGUGUGGGAGGCUCUUGUCACACUGUUUUUCUUCCCGGUGUGUGUACUCCUGGCCUGGAUUGCAGAUCGUAGACUUCUCUUUUACAAAUAUCUCCACAAGCGCUACCGUGCUGACAAGCGUCAUGGCAUCAUUGUAGAGACCGAAGGGGGCCUGGCUCCAAAGGGUAUUGAUGUCAUCAUGGAGGGAAAGUUCCAUGAAAUAAAUCCAAGUAAUUCUACAAGUAACUCCACAAGUACCAUCAUAUCCUUGGAGAACAACAAAGAACAAGAACCCAAUAGAGAAGAGGUGAUACGUAUGCUUAAAGACCUGCGGUUGAAGUACCCAGACAAAGACCUUGACCAAUUAAUUGAAAUGGCAAACUACUCCACAAUGAUGGCACAGCGCAAAAGUCGGGCUUUCUACCGUGUUCAGGCUACCCGCAUGAUGAUUGGGGCCGGCAAUGUUCUAAAGAAGUAUGCAGCAGCUGGUCAGGCUCGCCGAGCUGCUGCUGAAUCCUCACUUGAAGAUCAGGACUUGGCCAAUUGCAGUUGCAUUGCCUUUGAACAGGCGCAGUACCAGUGCUCAGAAAAUUGUGGAACUGUCAGUUUGUGGGUAACAUUUCAGAGAGGCACAAACAACAGUACAUGCCUUGUGGACUACAACACAGAAAAUGGCUCUGCCAAUGCUGGGGCAGACUACCAGUAUACACAUGGAACACUGGAGUUCAAACCAGGGGAGACAAGGAAAGAGAUCAAGGUUGGUAUUAUCGAUGAUGAAAUGUUUGAAGAGGAUGAGCAUUUCUUUGUUCGUCUGCACAACUUACGAGAGGGAGAAGGUCCCCCAAGUAGUGAUGGGGUAGAAAACAGUAAGCUCAGGCUGGUAGAGCCUCAGUUGGCAAUGGUGACCAUCUUGGAUGAUGACCAUGCUGGCAUCUUUUCAUUCGUUCAGAAGGAACUCAGGGUCAGCGAAAGUUCUGGCACAAUCGAAGUGACAGUUACACGAAGUUCAGGAGUAAGGGGCACUGUUGCAGUGCCUUAUCACACAGAGGAUGGAACAGCCCGCCAUGGCAUAGACUACGAGCAGACACAGGGAGAGCUAGAAUUCAUCAAUGAAGUGACAAGUGGUAUACUAAAGGUACGCAUUAUUAAUAUUGAUGAGCAUGAAAAAAAAGAAAAUUUCUACAUUAUCCUUGAUGAACCCAAAUGGCUGAAAAGAGGAAUUUCAGAUCUACUGCUUAAUCAGGAUGCACCUAGCCCAGAGGAGGAGGAAGCAAGGAGGAUAGCUGAGAUGGGGAAGCCUGUCCUGGGAGAGCACAGCCGUCUAAAGGUCAUCAUAGAAGAAUCCACUGAAUUGAAAACCACAGUGGAUGAGUUGCUGAAGGAUACUAAUAUGGCUGCAGUGAUUGGAACUCUCUCCUGGAAGGAACAGUUUAUUGAGGCUAUAACUGUUCUUGGAGGUGAUGGAGAAGGUGAAGAAGGCAAUGAAGGAGACCAGCUGCAACCAUCUGGCUGUGACUACUGCCUGCACAUCCUCACAGUAUUCUGGAAGGUUCUCUUUGCCUUUGUGCCCCCUACUGGGUACUGGAAGGGCUGGGCCUGCUUCAUUGUCUCAAUCUGUGUGAUAGGUCUUCUUACAGCUGUCAUUGGAGACCUGGCCUCCCACUUUGGCUGCACUGUAGGCUUAAAGGACUCAGUCACUGCUAUAGUGUUUGUGGCUCUGGGUACUUCCAUACCAGAUACGUUUGCUAGUAAAGUGGCUGCUGUACAGGACCAGUAUGCUGACGCUUCGGUGGGAAAUGUGACGGGCAGCAAUGCUGUGAACGUGUUCCUGGGCAUAGGUGUAGCAUGGUCAGCAGCGGCUGUCUACUGGGAAGUCAAAGGAGAAGUGUUCCGUGUGGAGCCUGGCUCUUUAGCCUUCUCGGUUACCCUCUACACCAUCUUUGCCUUUGUCUGUAUUGGUGUGCUAAUGCUUCGACGAAAGCCAGCUGUUGGAGGAGAACUUGGGGGUCCACGGUGCUUCAGGAUCUGCACAGUUUUUCUUUUCAUAGGCCUGUGGUUUCUCUACAUUCUUUUCUCCAGUCUGGAGGUAUACUGCCACAUCGCUGGCUUCUGAGUGAAUGGAAGCAGAAGUGCACACAAGGACACAUACACACAGAUGCAUGUGUAAACUUGACACUAAAUGAUGAGUGAUAUGCAAUGUCACACUUUUCACUCAGAAUACAUAUAUAUAUAUAU